UGGUGGGAUGAAUGGCUACAUAUCCCUUUGCAUGGGAGAUCCUUGUCCUCCAAUAUUUAGAUCACCUAUUGAUGGGCUGGAAGAUAUUAUGGACAAUCAAGUCAUAUGUGCAAUAUACAGACUCCCGGACCCCCAUAAGCAUAUCACACGGCCACCUAAAGGGGUUAUUUUCCCAAAGAAGUUGGUCACAUUUGGUGAUAUAAAACCUGAUCCCGUGUUGUGGCAUGAGGAUUCUGGGAGGAAACCUUGGGAAAAUGGAAGGAACCAACACCCAGGUGGAAACUCUGGUCGUCACGUUGGAGAGGCAGCACACAGGCUGGUGGCUAAUAGUUUGCAGAUGGGGAGCGGUCAUGGUGAUUAUGCACAUGCUCAACCUGCAGCAUAUCCUGCUACACAUGGUCCUUUUCCUUCCUCUCACAGAUACAAUGGUCAGGAACAUGAUCGGUCUAGUUUUAAGUAUGCCGCUCGAGAUGGCACAGCUGUGCCGUAUCACUAUGAUCAUAGUUAUAACCAAUCAUAUGUCCCAGCUGCUGUUGAUCCUUAUAGUAGGCCGCCUCCUCUGUAUGAGAGAGGUGGCCGACCUGUCCCUCCCAGCAGGGAUUAUCAUAGACAUGGACAUCACAGUGCUGUGGUCCCGCAAAAUGUUGGAUAUGGUUAUUCCUCUCAUGCCACUCGUGCACAGCAUGUCAGCCAAACACCAAUACCACCCGAUGCUCAUUUUCACCAGCAGCAGAGUGGAUAUGACAAUUACACGAGUUAUCAACCUUAUGUGGCAGGAAGCUAUAACCAACAGGGUGGUGGAUGGACUCCUCAAGUUAGCCAAAACGUUGCUCGAGGGUAUAGUAAUCCACGUCCUUCCAGUAAUCACUUCUCGGCGUUGGGAAGAGGAAGAGAUAGACGGCCCCCAUCUUCAGGCCAUAACCGUUAGAGGUCAUCAUCUUACCCACGUCGACACAGGACAGAAGAGUCGCUGCUGCAAAGAAGUUAGAAAUCUUGCAAGUAAUAGGCAUGUAGAUCGAACAAGAAAAAGAAAAAGAAAAAGAAAAAGCAGUUAGAGAACAAACAGAUGUUGCUUGUCAACGUGCAAGUUCAGGCGACUUUCUGGUGCUUGUCAUUAUGGUAAUGUUGUACAAUAUAGGUCUCUAGCACAGAACUUUACUGGUAUUCUUUUUCCUUUCUUCCAAUACUAGAUGUACUUAAGCUUCAUUUAUUUGAAAAAUUACAUUGUAUUCCAUAAAGGUCAAUGUUGGAUGAAUAAAGGUGAUGUAAUUUUCUCAUGAACUAUGAGCUUUAUUUGUAAUGUCCUUUCUAUUUUGGUUUAUUCGGAGGAACUUUUAUGUAAUAUUCUACGGUCAUGCUGAAGUCA